UAGUCGCGAGGCUAACGCGACUCAGCCAAUCGCUUUGGCCCGUGAAAAACGGCGGGAAUGGCUGAGCCCUGAGCACAGCUCUCUUAGCUUAACGGCUGUUAACCUUUACUCGCCCGGUUAACCUGCUCUCGGUCGAUUUACAAACUUUUAUCUUCACCGUUUUCUGCCACAAAUACUGUCUUAAGAAACACCACUAUGAAUUCACAGGUGCCCAGAAGUAGCACUGAAGAGGUAGCAGGCGAUUGUAGCUCAGACACCCGCACCAGCACUCUGUCACCUCCGGCCCGCCGGUUCAGCCGAGCUCCAUUCUCACGGCUACAGCACACGGGCCAGACGCCGUCUCCUCUCUCAACCUCCACCGGCUCGGAUAGUGUCAGUACUGCUUCAUUUCCCGGAUCAACCUCCGCGGCUACUGCCGGCGUCCGGGUGUCAGUCUCAAGCGAAACACCAGCUCGAGCAGGGGUAAACAGGUCGAGCUCCUCUGGUUCACCAGUGCCGGUCAGUGGCGCCCACAGCUCCAGCAGUCCGCCCGGGACGAGCCCCGGGUCAGCGGGCCGUGCCAUCGCUGGACGAAUGCCUCAGAGGGAGCUCAACAUGACAACCUCCUCCUCUGCAAGCAUGUCUCAUUCUGCCUCUGUGAUUGUGGCUGUGGUGGAGGGCCGGGGUUUAGCCCGGGGAGAAAUCGGCCUGUCCAGCAUUAAUUUGAAAUCUCCCGAACUGGUUCUCUCACAGUUUGCAGACACUGGGACUUACGCAAAGGUCAUUACCAAACUCCAUAUCCUGAUGCCACUUGAUAUUCUAAUGCCAGACACUGCUAGUGAGAAAGGCAGAGGAACCAAGCUGUACAACCUCAUCAUGGAAAACUUCCCGUCAGUUGGUUUCACUGCUCUUCAGAGGAAGUACUUUAAUGAGAAGAAAGGACUGGAGUACAUCCAGCAGCUCUGUGCCCCCGAGUUCAGCACUGUACUUAUGGAAGUGCAAACCAAGUAUUACUGCCUUGCAUCUGCGGCAGCCCUUCUUAAGUACGUUGAGUUCAUUCAGAACUCUGUCUAUGCACCUAAAUCCCUGAAAGUGAGCUUCACCGGCAGUGAGCAGACUGCCAUGAUUGACGCAGUUUCAGCCAGGAAUCUGGAGCUAGUGAUUAACAACAGAGACCAAAGGAGCAGUCACACUCUACUUGGUGUCUUGAACCACACUAAAACCCCUGGUGGCGAGAGGAGGCUUCGCUCCAACAUUCUGGAACCACUGUUGGAUGUUGACGCCAUUAACACACGACUGGACACCAUACAGGAACUGUUGCAGGACGAGGAACUCUUUUUCGGUCUGAAGAAUGCAAUUACACACUUCUUGGAUAUAGAUCAACUGAUUUCUUCCCUUAUUCAGCUCCCCAAGCAAGAGACGGUGGCAGUGGCUGAAUCAAAGAUAAUUCAUGUCAUUCAACUGAAACACACUCUAGAGCUGAUUGCGCCACUGAAGAUGGUGCUGAAGGACGCUAAAACAGCCUUGCUGAAAGGAUAUUGCACUGUGUUAGAAGACAGCAGGUUUAACAACAUUUUGGCUCAGAUCAAAACAGUGAUCAAUGAUGAUACCACCUAUUUGAAGAGCAGUCUGAACUUGCGCACUCAGAAAUGCUAUGCUGUGCGUCCUGGUGUCAAUGAAUUUCUUGAUGUUGCACGGCGAGCCUACACUGAGGUAGUGGAUGACAUCACAGGAUUGGUGAAUCAGCUUGAAGAAAAGUACGGCCUUCCCCUGCGCACUAGUUUCAGUAGUGCUCGUGGUUUCUUCAUUCAGCUAAGGCUGGAGGAUGUGGUCUUGCCUGAUGGACAGCUCCCAGGAGAGUUUAUUAAAGUAACUAGACAGAAAAACAACUACUCCUUUACCACUUUAGACCUGAUGAAGAUGAAUGAGCGCUGUGAUGAGGCCCUCAAGGAGAUAUUUCACAUGUCCUAUGUGGUGGUGUGCCGCCUACUUAACGGAGUGCAUGAGCAGAUCCACUGUUUGUAUAAGCUGUCUGAUGCUGUGUCCAUGCUGGAUAUGUUGCUCUCUUUGGCCACUGCCUGCACUGUCUCAGACUACGUGCGACCUGAGUUCACUGACACACUGGCAAUAAAGCAAGGCCGCCAUCCUAUGCUAGAACGUGUUGCUGGCAAGCAGCCUGUCUCCAACAACAGCUAUAUCUCUGAGGGAAGUAACUUUGUUAUAAUCACAGGCCCUAACAUGAGUGGCAAGUCCACUUACCUCAAACAGGUGGCCCUCUGCCAAAUUAUGGCUCAGAUAGGAUCCUUUGUGCCUGCUGAGUAUGCCUCCUUCCGAGUUGCUGACCAGAUAUUCACCCGAAUAGGAGUAGAUGAUGACUUUGAGACCAGCUCAUCUACGUUUAUGGUUGAGAUGAAAGAGGUGGCAUACAUAAUACACACUGCAACUGACAAGUCACUCAUCAUUAUUGAUGAGCUGGGACGUGGCACUAGUGCUGAGGAGGGUAUCGGCAUUUGCCACGCAGUUUGUGAAUUCAUCAUCAGUGUGAAGGCAUUCACUCUGUUUGCUACCCACUUCCUGGAGCUGUGUCAAUUGGAGACACUCUACCCCAAUGUGGAGAACCAGCACAUGCAGGUUCAGCACAUUCGUGGGAGUGAUGGCAGCACAGAGAGAGUGGUCUACACCUACCUGCUGACUCGGGGGUGUUCUGAGGAACGCAGCUAUGGUAUAAGAGCAGCAGAGAUUACCUCCAUGCCACCAGCCAUCAUCCAGGAGGCCAAGUCUAUUGCAGCUAAACUCAGCCAGAAGUUAUGGGCUAAGAAUCAGAGUGAUCCAGCCACAAUGAAACAGAGAGCAGUUUAUCAUCUUGCCACCAGAUUGUUGCAAACAGCCCGAAACUCCAGGCUAGAUUCUGACAGCCUCCGUCUCUACCUGAAGGGUCUGAGGAGACACUAUGAGGCUGAGUUAAAGAACACUUUAGAGUCUAUGAACAUGGAAGAAUGAAGCCUGCUUAAUUUAUUAAAGGUCUAAGACUGUGGAAAUUGACAAGGUGCCAACAUUUGAGCAAAAGCUACAGCAUUCACCAAG